AUGAGUGAGUUGAAAGAACGCCGAGAACAAUUCGUGACAGGAUUAAUUGGUGGUAGUAUCUCCGAGAUCAAUUAUGUGACUGCUAUAAGCGUAGUUGGUUACUUUUGUACUAUGUUAUUAGCUUCAAGAGAUCAAACCCAGGAAACCUAUUUGGUGGUAGAUUUCUUGAUCAAUUGGAUUGGUAUGCUUCUAUCUAUUACCACGUAUUCAGAUAACCCAAUUGUGCUCAAUUGCAUGCUGGUAGUGCCGUGUUUCGUUUACUGGUCUUUUACCAGAAAGCGCGUUAAGGUGCCAGGUGAAAAUGCUCUUAAAGACAAGUUUUAUUUGGAUAAAAAGCCAUUUAUCACCGCUUACCGCGGUGGGAUGCUGAUAAUCACGGCAUUGGCCAUUUUGGCGGUGGAUUUCAAGAUUUUCCCUCGCCGUUUCGCGAAAGUUGAGACUUGGGGCACAUCAUUGAUGGAUCUAGGUGUCGGUUCGUUCGUGUUUAGCGGUGGACUCGUUUCUGCUAGAACUUUGUUAAAAGAUGAGAUGGGGGGUUUGAGACCUGGGUUUUCCCGCAAAAUCGUGAGAUCCAUUAGAUCCAGUGCUGCCGUGUUAUUAUUGGGUUUACUUCGAUUAUAUUUCGUGAAAAGUCUUGAUUACCAAGAGCAUGUCACUGAAUAUGGUGUUCAUUGGAAUUUCUUUAUGACUUUAGCGUUCCUCCCCCUGGCUUUGAUCCCAAUCGAUUACAUUGCCGCGUAUGUGCCACGGUUUAUCUUGGCUCUGAUGAUAUCCGGUGUCUACGAAUAUUUUAUGCUGUACCAAGAUGGGUUUCUAGAAUAUUUGGUUGCGGCGGAUCGUAUUGGACUUAUUAAUGCUAACAGGGAGGGCAUUUUCUCGUUUCUGGGUUACUGCGCUAUAUUUCUUUGGGGCCAAACUACUGGGUUCUAUACUUUGGGCAAUAUCAAGACCAAGAACAAUAUGUACAACCCAAGUGUUUCCCCGUUUAAACCAUUAAAAAACUCGACUCGAUGGGAUUAUCUAACAAGCAAGAGUCCGUUGUACGGUCUUGCUAUUUGGUUCACAAUUACUCUUGUUUUCAAUGGCUUGAUUAGAGAAUUGCAUCCGCUCGGAGUUUCUAGAAGAUUUGGUAACUUGCCUUACGUGAUGUGGGUAACGACUUAUAAUCUCGGUGCUUUGAUGGUUUAUUGCUCAGUUGAUAGGCUUUUCAAAACCAACAAUUCAUGGCCUAAAGAAUCUUUAUCUUUAAAAGCCAUGAAUCAAAAUGGACUCAUCAUGUUUCUUCUUGCUAACAUUUUAACCGGCUUUAUUAACAUGAACGUACCAACAAUUGACUUGGAAUGUCACCAGGCUCUCGCCAUUUUGAUAUUAUAUGCAUGCAUCUUGGCAAGCCUUUCAAUGUUAAUGCUUAAAAGACAUAUAUCUAUAAAAUUAUGA